UCGGCCUUGCUUCCCGCCGCUCCUCCCGCCGGCGCCGCCUCUCUCCGGCGAAGUGUAAACUUCCGGCCACCCUCUAGGAGUACUCCAGAUUGGAUUUUAGGUAUUUUUAUUAAGUUUAGGGAUAUAUUUUGCAAGUUUAAGAGAAACUAGGGUUUAGUUUUUUUUUUUUUUUUUUUAGUGUAUUUGAUUUUUUGCUUUAGGAGACAUGGUUAGAGGUAAAGAAAAGACGAAUACGUCAUUGCGGAGGGAUCCUUCUUGAAAGUAUAGUGUACAAGUUGACAUUGGCGGCGGAGAGAAGAGCUAUGUCUAUUUAAAGUGCAACUUUUGUGAGAAAGUUGUGAAGGGCGGAGUAACCCGCAUGAAGGAGCACUUAUCAUGCUCUCACAAGAACGUAGCACCUUGUGCAAAAGUGCCGGACAAUGUGAAGAAAGAAAUAAGUGCUUACAUGAAGAAAACUACCACUGUCAAACACUUACAACAGCAGCAAUUUGAUGAAAGGGUCGACCAAGGUGCCUAUUUUGGGAGCGAGAGUGGAAAGGGCUCUUCCUCCACUAUACAUAGUAGAGGUGCACGGGGUCCUAUGGAUCAGUACAUGACUACUGCAGGAGCAGAUAGAGGAGAAGCAGAGAUGAUGCCUGCAGCUGGUACUAGAGAGGGUCGACGACAGGUUUGCAUGGACAUUGGGAGAUUCUUUUUUGAAAAUGCAAUACCAUUUAAUGUUGCUACAUCGCCUGCCUACUUCAGUAUGAUGCGGUCUGUAGGAUUGUAUGGAAGAGGGUUGAAAGCACCUUCUAUAUAUGAGUUGUGCACUUGGAUUUUAAAAGAGGAGUUGCAGAACACCGAACGAACCAUUGAUGAGAUUAAAAGAACAUGGAUUGAGACAGGUGUGACUAUAAUGUCAGAUGGAUGGUCUGACAUGAAGAGUAGGAGUUUGAUAAACAUCCUUGUCAACAAUCCCUAUGGUACAGUGUUCUUAAGAUCUGUUGAAGCUUCUGAUGAGGUGAAGAAUGCUACAUUUAUUUUUAAUUUACUUGAUGGAGUUAUUGAGGAGAUUGGAGAGCAGUUGGUUGUCCAGGUAGUGACUGAUAAUGCCAGUGCAUACAAAGCAGCUGGUCAGAUGUUGAUGGAGAAGAGGACACACCUCUAUUGGACACCUUGCGCAGCACAUUGUAUUGAUCUCAUAUUGGAGGAUCUUGGUGACUUACCUCAGCACAAGAGUGCUCUUGCUAGGGCGAAGAAGAUUACAAAAUUCAUCUACAAUCACUCUUGGGUCUUAAGCUUAAUGAGAAAAUUUUCAAAGAAAGAAAUCAUUCGACCUGCAACCACUAGGUUUGCCACCUCCUAUUUGACACUGCAGAGCUUGAUGGAGGUGAGGCAACCUUUGGAAGCCAUGUUUACAUCAACUGAAUGGCUAAACUCUGCUUGGGGGAAGAAGAGUGAGGGAAAGGAGAUAAGAAAGAUAAUUCUGAAUGAUAAAUUUUGGGCUACUGUGACCUAUGCCAUUUUGAGCACGAGACCCUUAGUGCAAGUUCUACGCUUAGUGGAUGCAGAGAAGAAACCAGCUAUGGGUUUUAUUUAUAAUGCUAUGGAUGAGGCCAAGGAGUUGAUUGCACAUAACUUGGGAGGAGAGGAGGCAAGUUAUAGGGAGAUUUGGGAUAUCGUUGAUGCUCGGUGGGAGGUGCAGUUACACCGACAUCUACAUGCAGCUGCAUAUUAUCUUAACCCUCAAUUUCAAUAUUCAGAGAAAAAAUCUUCAAAUCCGGAGGUUAAGCUUGGUCUAUAUCACUGUAUGGAAAGAUUAAUACCGGAGCAAGCAGAUAGGGAGCUUGCAGAUUUACAGCUUGUUCUGUUCCGGAAUAAAGAGGGUUUUUUUGGUUUAAAUGCAGCAAAAACUACCAUUUCUAAACGGUCUCCAGGUAUAAUUAAUUUGGUAAAUGCAAUACACUUUAUUCAAUAUUCUGAAUUUUGAUUAUAUUU